GUGUUACUGGAGGAGAGGGGAAACUAUGGUUUUGAUUGGGUAAUGGAGUAUUGCGUGUGUAUGAUAUGGAGGACAGGUGCUUUGACUCUGAUCUCAAGAUAAUGGACUCCAGGAGAGGAAAGACAGUCCGUGUGUCUUGUCUGUUGCUAGUGGAUUAUAACGUUUUGGUCGGAUUACUUAAUAAAACUAUUCAUAUUCUUGACGUGGAGACACUUUGUCACGUGUCUCAACUCUCUAAUUUAGAAGAUGAGCCGGGAGAUCUUGCACUAAGUAAGAAUGAGCCGAUGAUAGUUUGGUCUUUGCUUCUUAACGGGACGGUACUUGGAUUUGAUCCUGAGACUAGGGAGAGAGUUGCUAAAAUUACAGUCCCUAACAUGUUACAACAUACAUUCUGUACCUGCUUCACUGUCUACAGGGACUUCCUUUGGGUUGGUACUAACAGAGGGACCAUAUCAAUACUAUCCACUGAAUACAGUGAGCAGCAACUGAGGAAUGAGAUCGCUUUCACUGAAAGUGGAAAGACGGUUGAAGUGAAGUAUCUCGCAGUAUCCAGUGAAGAUGAAAUAUGGUGCUCGGUCCAUGCCAUUCCUCGUGCUAAGAACUCAACAUUCAUUGCCGUCUAUAACCCGAGAAACAACACAAAGAUAUACAGCUACUCAAAUUUUGAAGGAAACGACAGUCUCAUUUAUACUGCCUGUUAAAAAUACAGUUUGGUGUGGUACCAAGAGUGGUAAGAUAUAUGUGUUUUCAGCAAGAACAGAGAAUAACAGAGAUGGGGUAAGAUCAGCUACCGUGCUUUAAAG